CUGACCUCCCCAGCAACCCCCAAUGCUGUGUAACACCAAGGUAAUCAAUAAUCCUUCACUUGCAAUAAGUAAUAAAAAAACCCCAACCCUGAAAAAGUCUAGACCCCGUCAGCAAAAAGAACAAAAAAGCGGCACAGCAAAAUGCCCUCCUCGACAAUAGUGGUCUAGAACCCCGAAUGAUACACACAAACCCCACUGGAUCAUUGGAUGUGGUGUGCCAAUCUAAUAUCGAGAUCCUGCUGUAACCUACAAUCCUGUAAGCUGUACAUCAUUAUCCGUACGGCAAGUAGUCGGGUCUGCUCUGCCUGUCCCGAAAACCGCCAAACUAACCCCCGCGGGGGAAAGACGAAAGAGCUCCCUAAUCACACAAGUCGAUCCUCUUAUCACGGCAUUCCCAGACUUGUUCAUCCGUGGAAUCAGCUCUGUCGUCACACCUUUCGCGUCGAGCGCGUCUCUCUUUCCCUCUUCUUCUCUCACUUGCCCGCUUACCUAUUGCCUGCCACGCCUACUUGUGACGCUGGCACCCCCGAGUCAGUGUCGCACAUCGCCAGGCCCCGCCCGUCCACUUCACGAUUCCGGGGAAGACCGCACCAGGAAAAGAGUGAAUCGACAUGUACGUCCGGGGGAGCAACAUUGCAUAUCGUGAGGCCCGAGGGGGGAGGGUCUCGCGUGUGUGGAUCAGACGAUUGAGAUUCUACCUCCGAGGUGUCUAAUGCCGUUCACCUCGGCUUUCCGUCAUUGACUCGGCGGCGCCGAUCAAUUGUAGUCAAGUCAGCUCACUCGAUUUUGACAGAAUUGAGACAGUUCAAUUGUACUAAUUGUUCAAUUCCUUGGUCUUAUGACGGACCAUGCUCCGCUGGAGCU